AUGGCUACUGAAUUCGCAGGCCUGGCUUUAGGUGUCACUUCUCUCCUCGUCCCCUUCAAGGGAGCGCUUGAUGGUUACGCGUCCCUUCUCCGGCUUUGGGAUAGCUUCAGCAACUCAUCCUUCUAUUCGCUGAAACUGCGAAUUGAGAGGGACAGGUUGCGAGCAUGGGGCGAUCUCUACGGCCUCAACGCUGUGGCUCAGACGCCAUCGCGCUUCGAAGCAGAAUCAGAGCACACCAGACGUCUGAUUGCAGAUGCCCUGUCCGAGAUCAAGGCUGCAACAAUGGACGUUGAGAAACUGGCGAGCCGAUACGGCCUGCAGCCAGCGGGACCGGAUGCCGCACCGGGCGCCGAAACACAGUUGCCAACCUACGAAACCAUUAGGCGGCGAGCCGAGGAGCAGAAGGACGCCAACUCAAAACUGUCGAAAAGCAAGAGAUGUACCAUCUCUGGGAUGCUCUGGGUCCUCCGGGACGAGGAGCGGCUUGGGGCCCUUCUGCAGCGACUUGUUUACCUCAACGACAGCCUAGAGAAACUUUGUCCAAAGGACGAUAUUCUCCUUCUCGCCCUGGGCCUCUCGUCCUACAUCCUCCCCUCCGUCAAACAGCCCGCCAACCUGAGCAGCAUCGAAGAGUCAUCCAAAGAACUCCUCGCUUGUUGUGCCAUGAUGAAGCGGUUGCAGAUUAUAUCCGACGUGUCCUACGUUGAAACUGUGUCCCACAAAUCCCUCAUCAAUAUCAACAACAUCACCAAUGGCGCCGCUCGACAGACUGCAACUCUCCUCAGGCCCGACGGCAACUUCAACGUACUUGUCGAGUGGAAGGACAUCGCGGGCGGGCUUACUUGCGGCCAGCGAACGGAAGCGAUCGCCAGGUUCAGUCUCCUAUCGUGCGUCGGCCUUGUCAAUGACAUGCCGGUUCUCGACAGCGGCCACGACCAGAGAUUCGGCAUCGUUUUCGCCUUCCCCGCGCUGGACAUCAGGAUGCCGCUGAUGCUGAGCCAACUCAUCUCAGACCCAGCGUAUGCUGCGCCGCUGGGCGACCGGCUUGCUCUGGCACAGACUCUGGCAUUGGCGGUGCUCUUGGUCCACUCGGCGCGAUGGCUUCACAAGUCGCUGCAGGGUAAUAAUAUUGUGUUCUUCCCACAGCGUCUCUCCGGACGAAUGCAUCCGGGCUCGCCAUUCGUCGCCUGCUUCGAUUACGCCCGCCCACAGCAGGCCGAGCCCAUCGACAGACCGAAACAAGUGGCCGGGUACGUUGAUGUUUACCGUAACCCCGAAUGGAACGCUGGGUUUACGAGGCUUUGCGAUACCUACAGCCUCGGUGUCUUGCUCUUCGAGAUCGCUAUUUUGGAAGCCACUUGA